UGCCAUCUUUGAAAACCGCGGUGAUUGAGCGCAGUCGAAGCUGAAUCGUUUUUUUCGUGCUCCGUGUGUGCGUUUAUUUAGUUCUUUACUUUCCGAAUUUUAGCGCCAGUUUGAUCCGACGGAAAUGAUGCACGCAGUAGAGUGAUUAGUGCAGAAAUCAACCGAUAAGAGUGCGUUGAAAAUAGUUGAUUCCGGAAGAAAAGUCCUAAAAACGGUAGUCCUCCGAAGGGGUGCUACCGCAAAAAGCAAUCAAGCAAGCGCUAGAAGAAUCUUUCGUCCGCUGGUGUGUUGUGUUUGGAUUUUCGUUCGACUGGGCAAGUGCAGGUGUAGUGGUAACUGUCAUCGGUUCGUCCGUUUCCUUGGUUUGAUUCGCGCCGUUUUGGAGUUUGUGUUUUCGUCGUUUUCCGUCAUUCCACGCAAAGCCAAGAAGUGCUGCACCGGUGUGAGUGAGCUUCGAAUUCGGUUGAAAGAUCGCGCGCGGGAGUUAAACGUAAACAAAACGGUAUUUUGAUGCUGCGGGUUUUCCGGCGUAGGAUUUGAAUAAUCUUCACUACUGUGUUGUACUAAUUACUAAUAAUAAUUGAGACAAAGUGAUAAGCGUAGGAGAUUUUGUGAAGCGAAAGGUGUCAGACGGUGUCCUCGUGAUUUUGGUUGAAAUAAGAAAUCACUGGAAAGUGGAAUCCGCCAACUCAAAUCUGGACAUCGAUUGCGCUUUGGAUGGACGAUUGGAUUGAUCUUGAUUGUGUUUAAAUUUCUUCAUUCUACAGCGUUCAGUUGAAGAUAACGACGAAGUUCGCCACCAUCAUGGAUUUCAAACAGCAGAAUGGUCAGCAACAGUUUUCGCGAAGUGGCUCGAAGCUCAAACAUCAAUCAUCCACAGCAUCCAGUAUCUCAUCGUCGUCCUCGAGCGCCCCACAAAAGGUCACCAUGCGAAGACGAUGUCGCAGCGAGAGUCUUCCGAUGGCACCGAUGUGUGAGGUCAAAAGUAGCAAAGCGCGACUACAUAGCCACUUUCACCAGCAACAGCACCAUAAUGCCAAGACGAAAGGAGAAACACCAACCCUACUGAUCGAGUCCUUUUCUCUACAAGGACACGGCCGGAAGAUGCUUCCCGUUAUUGCCAGCAACGAUUUACUGCCAAGCAUAACAAUCAAUAAUGCUAAGGAAAAUGUCGUGCAGAAUGGUCUCUCUCGACUGGAUGGCACUCUUAACGCCAAGGAUGUCUACAUGAACGAUCUGGACGCGUACAGGAAAGAUCGCCGUAACGGAUACUACAUCCCUGGAGAACGGCAUUUCGAGUCACGGUUUGCUCGUAACCUCGAAAGCACUUUUAAUCCACGUAAUACGAUGUACGAUAGGAGCAAUCGCAAGUUACGGGCACGGAGCGAGUCGGAACCUCACGAAAUCUACACUAGUGCGUCCAUGAUCAGUGGAACAUCCAGCAGCGGGAGAUCUACACCUGCUUGGGCAAAUCGGGAACACAUGCGUGAUAUAUCUCUGAAGCGCGCACGUGAUAACAUCUCUCCAACGCUGGAAGGCGACGAAACCAUGGAAUCCACUCCAAUGGCCCAGAAAGAUUCCCCUCCGUCGAAAAUGCUGAAUGCAGUCGAAAGCACCUCACUGGACGAUGGGACUAGCACGGCUCAACAGCGUCUGGGAAAAUCAACGAAGAUCUCCGGCAGUGCGAAUGGUUUGCGGAUUACGAAAACUGUUAGAAACCGGUCUGGGGCAGCCGUUAACAAGUACAAAUCCUGUCUAAAGGCUGCACCGACGAGUGCUUCAGCUAUUGUUGCUUCCGGUGGAUCGGUCGCUCACAUUGUCGGCCGGAAGUCGGUUUCGCCUCCUCUGCUCAAACCUUUGGCCGGUUCUACCUCACCGACUCCGUCCGGUAUGUCAACGGGAACCAGUGGUGGCGAAUCGGUCCAUACCCAGGAUCUCGAUACGGAAACCAUUGGGCACUCGGAUGUGGGUGAAGACGAUGAUUUGGAUGCCGAGUGCGAAGGCGAGGAGGACGAUCUGAUCGACGAGCUCGGCGACGAUGACGAAGUGCUGAAUGGCUCGAUAACGGACUCCGAGGACAACUACCAAACCCAUUUGGCAGCAUACCAGGCGCGUACGAAAUCAUGCUCAACUUCGCCCUCGCCCUCGCUGGUCAGGGGACCGGUCACGUCGAUUGGGUGCGUUCUAGGGGGCUGCCCACCGGAAGGUCCACUGACGCCUAGCUUGUUUCCUCAUGUGCCACCCUACAUAACGUUUUCCACCCACGAGGAGAAGGGUCCUCCCAUGCCGCCUGCCAUUCACAAAGUGCUCAAAUGGAAAAUGACGCUGAUUACGCCGAUUGUCGUGCGGAAGGUGUUGAUCAAUAGCGGGUUUCGGCUGCUGAAAAAAACCAACGAUUGGAUCGGAAUUUGGGGCAAGCAUAUGAAAAGUCCCUGCUUCAAGACGCUGCGUCCGUACCAGAAGUUCAACCACCUGCCCGGAAGCUUCCAGAUUGGCCGGAAAGAUCGCGUCUGGCGCAAUCUGCAAACCCUGAUGAACCGGCACGGCAAAAAGGAGUUCGGCUUCAUGCCCCGCACGUACAUCAUACCUCAGGAUCUGAAAAUUCUGCGCCAAAUGUGGCCCAGAUAUAGUCAACGGAAUGCCAAAUGGAUUAUCAAACCACCGGCGUCGGCUCGAGGAACUGGAAUCAAAGUGGUAAACCGAUGGUCGCAGAUUCCCAAGCGGAAACCCCUCAUUGUGCAACGUUACGUCGACCGUCCCCUGCUCAUCAACGGUAGCAAAUUCGACCUGCGGUUGUACGUUCUGGUAACGUCGAUAAACCCUCUUCGGGUUUACAUGCAUACCGACGGGUUGGCACGAUUCGCCUCGGUCAAGUACAGCGAAAAGUCCGAUACCCUCAGUGAUCGCUAUAUGCAUUUAACCAACUACAGUAUUAACAAGCUGUCGAACAACUACAACGCCAACGAAGAUGCCGAUGCCUGCCAGGGCCACAAGUGGACCAUCAAAUCGCUGUGGUCCUACUUUGCCGAGCAGGGAAUAAACACCGAUCGACUGUGGGGAGCACUGCGAAACCUAGUGUUGCGAACGAUCCUCGCCGGCGAAGGACCCAUCUACGCCAUGUCCAAGCUGAAUGUCGCCAGCAGAUAUAACUGCUACGAGCUGUUCGGAAUUGACGUGUUACUAGACUCGGAAUUGGUUCCCUGGCUGUUGGAGGUGAACAUCUCUCCGUCGUUGCACUCCGCCUCAACGCUGGACGCCCACGUCAAGGGACCGCUGGUCAAAGCUUUGUUGAACUCGGUCAUGUAUCAGGUGCCACCAAGGAUAGCGAUGGCUGAACAAAAGGAAAUUUUAGCUGAACAAGGCCUACAAGGUCCACUUUGCUAUGACAAACGGAUAUAUGUGACCGCACUAUCCAAGGCGGAAAGACUGAAACAUAAUCAAUACAUUCAGAAGGAUAUGGCCAGAGAUGAGUACCUAAGUAACAUCUUGGAAGAGUUGACUCCGGACGACGUACGUUGUCUGCUGUUAACCGAAGAUGAACUAGCCAGAAGUGCCCCGCUAGAGCGUAUCCUGCCAGCACCCAACAGCCAUCGAUACGUUUGCUUUACCGAACACCCUCGGUAUUACAAUCGGUUGCUGGACGCGUGGGAACACCGGUACUGCAACAAUCGAGCCGAAGGUAUUGCCCUGCUGCAAUCUUUGUGCCAACAGAAGAUUCACCUUCAGGUACCGCCCAGUACAUUUAAAAAGGACUCCAACAAUAGACAGCUACCCGACAUUAGCAGCAGCAGUAGUAUAAACAACGAAAACGCCUCCCAGGACAGUGGCAUCCAGUCGGAUCCGGCCAGCUCGGAACUUCAGUCGCAAGAAUCUGGCUCUGCAUUCCAAUCGCAAGAGUCGAUCGAUCAAAUCGGCGAAGAAGUGGCGCUGCCGAAAAAGUCGGCGCCUACGGAUGAUGCAAUGGAGUUGGAAAAGGAACAUUCGCAGCAUCUUCGAUCGAAUGAUGAUGAGAGCGACAAUAUCCGACUUAGCGACAAAAUCAAACUGAUCCUGGAUGACGCGUUGUUACUGAAGCAGCAGCAAUGCGGUGAUACCGAAAAUGCCAUUAUUGUACAGCAGUGAUGUAAGUAGUUUCCUAGUUUCGAUUUACCUACCUACUUAUGAUUCUUCGUAUCAAAGAGCGCAACCUGGAGAAAGCGGAAAAGUUGCGCGUUUAUGCGGAAAUUGAUUUUUCCCGUGCGUCAGAUUCUGGGACGCAACUCUUUUUCUACUUAGGGAAAUUACAGUUCUUAGCGGGUUUGUGUUAACAAGACUGAUCCGAUGUGUUCUUCAACAAUACAAAACAAAAAACCGGAAGCGUGUGAAAAAAUAGUCUUAACCAGACUACUCGAAGCAUAGAUGAGUAGACGUAGCUUUAACAACGCAGAUUGCUGGUGUAAUAGAUAUAAUGACAACAUCCCAGUUUAGUCCCUUUGUAACAGCCCAAAUAUCAAAGUUUAGAGUCACGACAAGUAAAAAGCACUAAUUGAUUUUUCCCUUUCAAGAAAUACUCCUUCAUUAGUUUGUAGUAAAAUACAUACAAAACUUGUACGCAUAAUUUUCGUCCAGACGCGCACGAUUGGUCAACUGUGAUUCUCAUUAUUAAAGUGGUUAGUGUUCUCAAAAUUUUAGUUCCACCACGUUAAGGCAAAAGGGGAACGUUAACGGUUGCAUAUACGAAAAGUAAUUCGAAGUAAAGACGACUACCUACUUCCAGUUAGUUUCACACUCAUUCUAGCUCAUAUAUUCCUCUCACGUAAGGGGAAAUCCUCUCUGACUGGAGAAACCCCCAUCUCCAGCGUGAACAUCUUCAUAGUGUCCCCGAUACGGGCAGUGAUUACGACAGGCGGGGCCAGUCUGGCAAAAACAUACACAUACUUUCAAAUACUUGCGAUA